AUGCUAGGGAUCUACGCCAUCUGCAGGCCGACCGUAAUCACAGACGUCAAACUCACGGUCGAAGAAAACCAAAAGCGAAACAUUACACUCUCUUCCUCUUCCUCUUUCUCCGUCUCCUCCUCCUCCUCCUCCUCCUCCUCCUCCUUUUCCCCUCCUCCCCCUCUUUUCCGCUGUCCCACUUGCCGGACUGUUAGGUUGAGUCCGCACACUCUGGCAGUCUGGAAUGUUCGUUUCCUUUUAGACAACCCGACGAGCAAACGAUCGGAACGGAGGACGGCGUUCGUGGCUAGGAAGCUGGCGCGCUACAAAGUGGGCAUCGCUGCACUCAGAGAAACCAGGUACUCCGAACUAGGUCAACUGGAGGAGGUUGGUGCCGGCUACACCUACCUCUGCAGCGAUCACCCCAAGGCAGAACGACGGGGGCGGGUAUCAUCUUUGCCAUCCGGAACGCCAUCAUGCGACAACCGUCCUGUCUGCCACAGGUUACGAACGAUCGUCUAAUGAGCCAGCAUCUGCAUCUUUAGGAAUCUAACUUCGUCAUCACCAGCAGCCUCUGCGCUCCCCCGAUGACCAGCCGCGACGCCGCAAGGGACAAAUUCUACGACGGCCUGCUUGUCCUCUUGGUGACUGUGUCGAAGACGGAUAAGUUGAUUGUCCUUGGUAACUUCAACGCCCACGACGCACAAACCAUGCUGCCAGCAGAGGAGUGCUGGGUUCCCAUGGUUUUAACGGCUCCAAUGGCAUGGGCCUGUUCCUUCUACGAACCAGCGGCGAACACCAGCUCAUCCUGGACAAAAACUUCUUCUACCUCCUGAUGCGAGAGAAGGCCAACUGGAUGUUUCUUCGGUUGCGUUAGUGACACCGGCUGGAUUAUAUCCUCAUCCGGAUGCAAGACCGGCGAGACGUGAUGGUGACAAAGGCGAUAUCGGGUGCCUUGAUUUCUUUGCUUGCUCACUAUGCCCACUUCAGCAAUGAGCUGGCUCAACGGCUAGACAACCUGCUAAUUGCUGAUGCCGCCGCCGUUAACUAGUCAAGUCGACAGCCCUGGCCGUUCUCAGUAGUGCACGUCGUCGGCACCAGGACCAACUUGAUAACAACGAAGCUGCCAUCAACGACCUGUUCUCCGGGAAGAACCGUCUGCACAAAGCCUACGUCAAACACCCCACCGAAGACAGCAAAGCAGCUUUCUACCGUAGUCAUCCCCUUGUGCGACAGCGGCUGCGCAUGAUGCAAGACGCUUGGACAGCAAGCCAGACCGAGCAGAUCCAAGGUUACGCGGAUCGCAGCGAAUGGACCAUGUUCUUCUCCGCAAUCGAAGCCGUAUACGGUCCGCAAGCCAACGAAAAUGCAUCUUUUCUCAGCACCAACUGCAAUUUCCUACUCACUAAGAUGACACAAAUUCUACAGAUAUGGGCCGAAAACUGCAGGGGCGUCCUCAGCCAUACCCCCACCAUCUCCGACGCCGCCAUCGCCCAUCAGCCUCAGGUGGAGACCAACAUUGGCACCGGCCUACUGCCCUCACUCCACGAAAACAUCAGGGCCUUGUAA